CUGGACUGUCGACGUCAUUCGUUCACCAUCAGAGUAUGCACUGUCUGGAAUCCCUUACCAUCUCAUGUCGUUUGUGCCACGACGGUUGAUUCUUCCAAGGUAAAACUUGAAGAAUCAUUAACACAUUACACUGCAACAUCCUUGAGCACACAAUGCAACCGAAUACAGCAAUUGGAAUUUUAUUCAUGGAUUCAAUUCAAUGCUUUGGCUCUGGAUGCAGCCAAACGGACACGGCGCCUCACUUGGUUAGGUCUUGGUGCAAUGGGCUUGCAAUUCGGGCUUUUGGCACGCCUCACGUGGUGGGAAUACUCCUGGGAUAUCAUGGAACCGGUGACUUACUUUGUCGGUUACGGAACCAGUAUGGCGAUGUACGCGUACUACGUAGUUACGCGACAGGAUUACUCAUUUCCUCAAGUGUUCGAUCGGGAAUAUUUGAAGAGAUUUUACAAAUCUGCCGAGAAAAUCUCAUUUGAUGUGGAUCGCUAUAACGAGUUAUGCGACCAGCUGGCAGAAUUAAAGUCAGAGCUACGACGACUACGUGAUCCGCUUUACUGCAAUUUACCACUUCAACAAACUGCAUACCUGGUACCGGAAAGAGUCGAGCAAAGCCUGGCCCGUGGACCACCAAAGUUUACCACCACUACUACGACUACUCCUCCUCGACCAUGA